AAUUGAACACAAAAUGAAACGAUUCAAAUUUGCACUAUAAAAUUUUGGGGACUUUCAUUAAGCCAAAGCGGGUAACACCGAGCGCGGCUAUUCGUUACGUUUCGUUCAUUUUCGAGUUCAGUCAGUCCAACGUCGGCAGGCCGAUCGGGCGUUACUACGCAUGCGCGCCAACUGCGAACUGUUAUGACAUCGAACGUAAACAAAACAAGUGAAUUUUUGUGAUAAACUACUUUAGUUUUCUCCAGUUUCUUGUAUGAAAACUUUGGAUAUUGUGAACGAGUUGGUGCUUAGUGGGAGUGUGUAAACGAAUUGCAAGACUGAUGAGCGAGCGAUAAUAAAAGAAAAAUGCGUCUGCAAACAUUGAUCACGUUAGCUGCGAUUUUAACAUGUGAUGCUAAGUUACCGACACAUAAAAGCCACAUUCAACCAAAUGAAUUGCCUCCAAAUCCGACGCAAAAUGCCCAAGCGCUGCGACUAUUAGACGUCCAAGCUAAAAGUGCUAAGACUAGUAGAAUUGUAAACGAAUAUAAGCCGAGGCAUAGGCGAGAUGUGUUUGAUUCAAAAAGCUACAACGAAUCUAGCUUAAUAUGGGCACAUUCAGAGCGCCUAGACGAAAACGGGGAUGUAGUUCUCAGAUGGGUGAACUCAGAUUCGAGUAUCACCUUUAGGGUUGAGGCGCGCACCCGUGGCUACGUCGGGAUCGGAUUCAACUCUGCGAGGAACAUGCGAGGGGCCGAUUUACUCGUCACCUGGGUCGACGAUAGGAACAAUCAUGCGCAUGUUUUGGAUUGCCACGGACUAACGUUCGAAGACAGAGCUGUGGCCGACGAGGUGCAGAACGUCGAGCUGAUCUCCGGCUACCAGAAUGACACGCACACCACUGUCGAGUUCAGAAGGAUGCUGGACACGUGUGACAUACAGGACUUUGUUAUUGGCGACGACACAUUGCAAGUACUCUGGGCGCUCGGCCCCGACGGCUCCGACGGAGAGCUGCCGAAACACGUGAAAAGUGGCUCCAGGCCCCUCAGACUACUGCUGCCCGUGUCCAAGCCGGAGACCAUACCUUUGAGGCAUUGGGAUGUGCGGAUAAAUAAUCUCACAAUACCCCACGACAUGGCAACUCUAUUCUGGUGCAAGAUAUUUAAAGCACCUGAUCUACCCAUGAAGCACCACAUCGUAGGCUACCAGCCUCUGAUCGACAGUCGACCAAUCAGAGACGGCGUCCCUAUGCUAGAGAAAAAUAGCCUCUCUCCUGUUCAUCAUAUGGUCCUAUACGAAUGUGCCGAGGAUCCUGAUCAACAUUUGUGGAAGGAAUGGGCAAAUCAGGAUGGGUUCUAUGGGCCAAGUAGGCCUAGUGAAUGGGCGGCUUGUGUUACGCCGGUUGCUGCUUGGGCUAUUGGAUCUAAAGGCGAAUUCCUUCCGGAAAACGUUGGCAUCCCGCUGGGCAAGAACACGGGCGUGUCGUUCUACAUGCUGGAGGUUCAUUACGACAAUCAGGCGCUUCAUGAAGUGCUAGACAACUCCGGCAUAAGGAUCCACUACACACCGGCACUGCGAGCGCACGACGCGGCCCUUUUAGGGGCCGGAGUGGGAGUGUCCGCGCUCCACGUUAUUCCGCCUAAACAAAAGCAGUACAGGACCGUCGGCAUUUGUAGCCCUGAGUGUACGAAUAGUACCAUGCCCGAAGAAGGCAUUAACAUCGUAUCCGUCCUUCUCCAUGCACAUGGUACUGCGACAAAGAUUUCAUUGAAGCACGUCAGAGGAAAUAACGAACUACCGAGAAUAUCAGAGGAAAACUCCUACGAUGUCCGCUAUCAACAAUCCCGCAUCGUGCCGGGAGGCAGAAGGUUUUUUAAAGGUGACACUUUGAUCACAGAGUGCACUUACGACAGUUCGAGCCGCGAUAAACCUAUUUUGGGAGGUUAUUCCGCAUCACAGGAAAUGUGCCUAUCAUUCGUGCUAUACUACCCUCGCACGGAACUAGCAGGAUGUUACUCUAUGACGCCAGUCAAAGAGUUUUUCGAAACUUUUGGCGUCAGAGAGUUCUACACCCUUAGCAUGACCGACGUUGAAAACAUCUUCCUAUCCUCAGGCAAUUUGGAGAACUUACCACCAAAGAUGGAGUUUGACAUAAGACAACACGCAUCAGAAUCUGAAGCUAUGCAGGGCGAUGACCAAGGAGUAGGACUUAUGAAGGAGCUGAUAAUCCGCGAGCCCGCCGAGUUCCAAAACAAGACGUUUCUAGCUCAUCUCAACCAGAUGCCGUGGUCCGAGUCGGUGCUGACCGAGCAGAUUGAGAAGACAUUAUACAAGGGCAUGCAUAUGACGUUCUGCAAGAAGAGGGAUGAUAAUUGGGGAGCGCCAAUACAAAUCCAAAACUACCCUGACUACGUGGAACUGGUCAGCAACGAGGCGGCAGAGAAGUCAUGUAACUACAAAAGUGUGCUACCACAGAACUCCGUAACUAAAUCCGCCAAUGGCAUAAGCAGUUCCUUCAUAUCCGCCAUUUUGGCUGUAUGCGCGGUCAUAGUCGCGCGGUAAUUAUAAA